UCUGUGAAUUUCUUGUACUGCGGAAACAAGCACGAGGAAGGUUAUGCCAGUUGGAAAAAUAUUAGUAAAGCAACACUUAAUAGUCAUUGUUCUGCUAAAGAUGAUGAUUCACCAUUUAAUUAUGGAAUCUACACACAGGCUAUAUCUUCUGGUAUUAUUUCAUCAAGAAGCUUUUUCUCUAAGUUCUUCUAUUGUCUAUGGUGGGGACUGCAAAAUCUGAGUACACUUGGUCAGGGUCUUCUAACUAGCACUUACCCUGGAGAGAUUCUCUUUUCAAUAGCAAUAGCUAUUGCUGGGCUCCUCCUCUUUGCACUUCUUAUUGGAAAUAUGCAGACCUACCUUCAAUCACUUACUGUUCGUCUUGAAGAAAUGAGGAUCAAGAGGCGUGACUCGGAGCAGUGGAUGCAUCAUCGAUCACUCCCUCAAGACCUCCGAGAACGAGUUAGACGAUAUGACCAAUACAAAUGGCUGGAAACAAGAGGAGUAGAUGAAGAAAGCUUGGUCCAGAGUUUACCAAAGGAUCUGAGGAGAGAUAUCAAGAGGCACCUUUGUUUGAAUUUAGUCAGGAGAGUGCCUUUAUUUGCCAACAUGGAUGAACGGUUACUAGAUGCAAUAUGUGAGAGAUUGAAGCCUAGUUUGUAUACAGAGAGAACAUAUAUAGUUCGAGAAGGAGACCCGGUAAACGAGAUGCUUUUCAUCAUACGAGGGCGUCUAGAAAGUGUGACGACAGAUGGUGGGCGGAGUGGUUUUUUCAAUAGAGGAUUGUUGAAAGAGGGUGACUUUUGUGGCGAGGAGCUCUUGACAUGGGCAUUGGAUCCUAAAGCAGGUUCCAACUUACCAUCUUCUACUCGAACUGUUAAGGCUCUAACUGAGGUAGAGGCUUUUGCUUUAGUGGCUGAAGAAUUGAAGUUUGUGGCUAGUCAAUUCAGAAGGCUACAUAGCAGGCAGGUGCAACACACAUUUAGAUUCUACUCACAACAAUGGAGGACAUGGGCUUCUUGUUUUAUUCAGGCAGCAUGGCGCCGUUAUUCCAGAAGGAAGAUUGCAGAACUCAGGCGUAAAGAGGAAGAGGAAGAAGAAGAAGAGUAUGAUGAUGAGACAUCUCUGGUUUCAGGAACUGAUGUUGUUGGCAAUGCUACUGCUACACCCGGGCUUGGAGCAACCAUCUUUGCUUCGCGUUUUGCUGCAAAUGCUCUUCGAGGACGUCGACUUAGGAUUCCAGAUUCACUUGGCUCUGGAAGCUUGAUCAGCGUACAAAAGCCUCCAGAACCUGACUUCAAUGGUCUUGAUUCAUAA